AUGUGUCAUUUCCAGAUGGGCACGGCGGCGAAGCCGAUGCUCAAGAUAGACACGACUGCGUUGGUGUUGCCCAAUCUGGCCGGGAAUCUGCCGACGAGUUCGAUCGAUCGCAGCAUUCUCGGAAGACUUCCCAAUAUUCCGUUGGCUGAUCCACUCUUUUUCCAGCCCUCCCAGAUCGACCUUCUAAUAGGGGCGGAUAUUCUUCCGUCUGUCCUCCUCUCAGGCUUGAAGCCAAACUUAUGUGGGUCACUGCUAGGGCAAGAGACCAUUUUCGGGUGGAUUUUAACCGGCCCGGUUUCUACAGCCACUAGUAGGGUUUCGUCCUUCAUAACAAAGAUAUCCAUAGAAUCGGAACCUACCAUGGAGACACUUCUCACAAAAUUUUGGGAGGUGGAGGAUCUUCCAUGUAAAAUGGUAAAGGAGUCGGACAACUUGUGCGAAGAAAACUUCGCUCGAACGACUAUCAGGUCUCGGGACGGGAAAUAUGUAGUAUCCCUACCCUUCAAGGAUGCUGAGCACAUCAACUUGGGGCAUUCCAGAUCAUUCGCUCUCGCACAAUUCCUAAGGAAUGAGACUCGCCUGAAAAGGGAUCCUAUUCUCAAAGACACCUAUGACUCAGUGAUCAAAGAGUACAUAGAUCUUGGCCACAUGAAGCCUGUGCCUCCGAAUACGGACACGGUGAAUUUUUAUCUUCCCCACCACGCGGUUUUCAAGCCCGAAAGUACUACCACAAAGGUCCGUGUGGUAUUCAACGCAUCCAGUCCCUCGUCAAAUGGGAACAGCCUGAAUGACAUCCUGCAUCCAGGGCCAGUACUUCAGUCCGAUCUCACCCUCCAGAUCCUAAAGUGGCGAACAUUCCAAUUUGUCUUUAAUGCCGAUAUCACCAAGAUGUAUAGGCAGAUUCUUCUAAACCCUGCACACACCGCUUUUCAGAGAAUUCUCUUUCGAGAUGAUCGUGGGGACAUCAGAGACUAUGAGCUUCAGACUGUCACGUUUGGAGUUAAUUGUGCCCCGUUUCUAGCUUUACGAACGUUGCGGCAACUGUCCGAGGAUGUCCCCGCCCUAUAUCCACGGGCGUCUCGAAUAAUUUCAGAUUAUAUGUAUGUGGACGAUGUGCUUGCAGGAGCCCACACGAAGGUCGAGGCUACUUUAGCUAUUCAGGAGUUGAGGACAGCUCUGAGCUCCGCAGAAUUUCCUCUCCGCAAGUGGACAGCAAAUGAGCGAACUCUCCUAAAGGCACUUCCUUCAGACCACCUGCUCUCAGGUGACUUCCUCGACAUCGAAGAGGUGAGCACCACGAAAACGUUGGGAAUACGGUGGAACGCCAAGGCGGAUGAGUUCUAUUUUGUCCCGACUGAGCUUGUUGUCAAUGCGAAUUAUUCCAAGCGCAACGUCCUAUCGCAAAUCGCAAAACUGUUCGAUCCCGCUGGAUGGUUGUCCCCAUUUGUAGUCCAGGCCAAGAUCCUAAUGCAGGAUAUAUGGUUAGCCGGCAUUGGAUGGGACGAGUUUCUCCCUGCAGAGCUACGGCAACGCUGGCAUGAUUUCCUUCGCAGCCAUAGUUCCCUCCACAAGGUUCGCGUCCCGCGUUGGGUACAAUUCCUACCGGGAGCACAAGUUCAGAUCCACGGCUUCUGUGAUGCAUCUCAGAAGGCCUAUGGGGCAGCGAUUUAUGUUCGCAUCCAAUACGACGGAGGCAUUUCGUCGAGUCUGCUCACGUCAAAGACUAAAGUCGCCCCUGUCAAAACCGUUUCACUCCCGCGCUUAGAAUUGUGUGGUGCAGUUCUUGCUGACCUGUGGGCUGCAAUUCUUCCUCACAUCCCGUUUGGUCGAAUAGAGACGUUUUUCUGGACUGAUUCCACCAUUGUGUUGGCAUGGUUGAACAAGCCACCAUGUCAAUGGACCACCUUCGUAGCGAAUCGAGUGACUAAGAUUGCUCUAAAUACAGACGCCAGCCAAUGGUCACAUGUGCGUUCCGAGCACAAUCCAGCAGAUCUAGCCAGUCGUGGUGUCACGGCUGAAGAGCUGGCAAGUAGUCCCCUCUGGUGA